AUUAGUUUAAUCAAAUACCAAUUGUUGCCUCCGAUUGGCGGUCUUCUGGCUGCUGCAGCUAGUAUUUUUUUUGACCGAAAAGUGCUUAUUUGCUUAUUCAGCGAAUAACGCCGGCGCACAAAAGCGACAGAGAACGUUCGCGAGCGAGCGAGAGAGAGCACACAGCACACGCACACCCAAGGAAGAUCCUCCUGCGUCCUGCAACCUGCACCAACACUAACAGAGCCAUGAUCAUCGAGAGAAACCGGAGGAGCCAAUUGGCCCUCCUCCUGGUCGUCGUUCUGGCCGCCAUCGCUGGCCAGACGGACGGACAGAAGGCAGCAAACUUAAAGGUCAACCAACCAACUUGCAGUGGCAAGGAUAAGUGCAGCACCUGCAUCCAGACCGAGUCCUGUGCCUGGUGCAUGCAGCCGGGCUUCAAGGGCCAGUCGCGCUGCUUCCAGCGUGGUUCCAAUCUGUGUCCGGAUGAGUUCAUCAGCGACCCGAGAUCCGAAGCGCAGAUUCUAUUAAACAAGAACCUAACGCUGGCCAGCACAGGUAGUGCGGCGGGAGGAGCAGGUGGUGGUGCACAAAUCUCUGGCGGGAGCUCGAGCUCCUAUCAAGCGUCCUCAUCCUCAUCCUCAUCCUCGUCCAGCUUUUAUGGCUCGCAAUAUUCCGCUGGCAUGUCGUCCAGCUCCGGCGAAAUUGUUCAAAUCAUGCCCCAGUCCGUGAGUCUGAAGUUACGCGUCAAUGAGAAACACAACCUCAAGGUGAGUUACUCCCAGGCGGGGGGAUAUCCGGUGGAUCUCUACUACUUGAUGGACCUUUCCAAAUCCAUGGAGGACGACAAGGAGAAGCUCUCCACGCUGGGCGACGAACUGUCCAAGACCAUGACGAGCAUAACCUCGAAUUUCCAAAUCGGUUUUGGUUCGUUUGUGGACAAGGUGCUCAUGCCCUAUGUCUCGACCAUUAAGAAAAACCUGAAUGAGCCGUGCGAAAAUUGCAGUGCUCCUUAUGGCUACCAAAAUGCCAUGGCCUUAAGUACGGACACAUAUAAAUUCUCUCGAGAGGUGAAGAGUGCCAAAGUAUCGGGCAAUCUGGAUGCUCCCGAAGGUGGCUUCGAUGCCAUUAUGCAGGCCAUUGCCUGCCGACAGCAGAUCGGUUGGCGUGAACAGGCCCGUCGCCUGCUCGUCUUCUCCACGGACGCAGGAUUCCAUUAUGCUGGCGAUGGCAAACUGGGUGGCGUGAUUGCCCCGAACGACGGAGAGUGCCAUUUGAGUCCGUCUGGCGACUACACGCACUCGACGGAGCAGGACUAUCCCAGCAUUUCGCAAAUAAACCAGAAGGUCAAGGACAAUGCCAUCAAUAUUAUUUUUGCGGUGACCGCCAGUCAGCAUUCCGUGUAUGAGAAGUUGGUGCGCCAAAUCCAGGGCUCCUCGGCGGCCAUACUCUCCAGCGAUUCAUCCAACGUGGUCGAUUUGGUCAAGGGAGAAUACGACAAAAUCUCUUCUUCAGUGGAGAUGAAGGACAACGCCGGUGGGGAUGUGAAAAUCACUUACUUCUCGUCCUGCCUGAACGGCGGUCCUGAAGUGCAGACUACCAAGUGCGACAACUUGACCGCGGGCCAGCAGGUGAGCUUCACGGCCCAGAUCCAGGUGCUCAAAUGCCCCGAGAAUCCGAAAGACUGGAAACAGACCAUCAACAUCUCGCCCGUGGGCAUCAAUGAGACCAUGCAGAUCCAUCUGGAGAUGCUCUGCGCGUGUGACUGUGAAAAGAAAGGCACAGCUGGCUAUGAGGAGCAUUCGAAGAGCUGCAGUACGCAUGGCACCUCCAUGUGCGGCAUCUGCGAUUGUGAUGAUAAUCAUUUUGGCAACAUCUGCGAGUGCUCGGCAACAGAUGUGAAUUCGACAAACGGCAGCGACGCCAGUUGCCGAGCGGAUAGCAACUCGACGACGGAUUGCUCUGGUCGGGGUAAUUGCGUUUGUGGCGCCUGCGAGUGCUUCAAACGAACCAAUCCCGAGGAGGUGAUUUCCGGACGACUCUGCGAAUGCGACAACUUCAGCUGCGAACGGAACAAGAACCAGUUGUGCUCGGGUCCGGAUCACGGCACCUGCGACUGCGGCAGUUGCGUGUGCAAGGAGGGCUGGACCGGCAGCAGUUGCGCCUGCCAGGCCUCCAAUGCUACCUGCAUGCCACCCGGCAGCGACGAGAUCUGCUCCGGCCAUGGUACUUGCGAAUGUGGUGUCUGCAAGUGUACGGUUAACGAACAGGGACGCUUUUCCGGCCGCCAUUGCGAGAAGUGUCCAACUUGCUCUGGACGGUGCCAGGAGCUGAAGGACUGCGUCCAGUGCCAGAUGUAUAAGACGGGCGUGCUGAAGAACGGCAAUGAUUGUGCCAAUAAUUGCACUAGCUUUACUCCCUUCGGCGUGGAGAAGGUGGAGAUCGACGAGCACAAGGACGAGCAGAUGUGCACCUUCUUUGACGAGGACGACUGCAAGUUUAUGUUCAAGUACAGCGAGCAAGGUAAUCUAGUCGUCCAUGCCCAGGAGGAAAAGGAGUGCCCGCCUAAGGUCUUCAUGCUUGGCAUUGUUCUGGGCGUAAUUGCCGCCAUUGUGCUAGUGGGUCUGGCUAUUCUUCUGCUCUGGAAGCUGCUAACAACGAUCCACGAUCGCCGGGAAUUUGCGCGGUUCGAAAAGGAGCGCAUGAACGCCAAAUGGGAUACGGGCGAGAAUCCCAUAUAUAAGCAGGCCACAUCCACCUUCAAGAACCCCAUGUAUGCGGGCAAAUAAAUCCGAUAUGUAACAUUAGAUUAGGGAAA